AUGGAGCUGCAAGGCAGGGUUUCCUGGGAGAAGGCGGACUUCGAGCGCCGGAGCAGCGGGAGCCACGACGUUGGGCACCACCUGACGAUGGCGGAAGCGGUCGCGCAGCAGGAGAGCCGCGACCCGGCGGAGCGCAGGAAGUUCGAGGACGCGCGGAAGAACCACUACAACAUGCGCUCGGUGCUGGCACUGGGCAGGCAGCUCCUGGAGGAGGACGAAGAGGAGGACGACGAGCAGGGGGGCGCGAACAAAACGCCGGCGAACCUCCAACGACAGAGGGCGGCGAAAACGCCGCGGGCCUCGCCGCAGGACGACGAGGGCGCCGGCGGCAAGAAACGGCACCGGAAGUUGGAAGAGCUGUAG